CCCGCGGGCUGUUUACCGUCGGGCAAGAGCCAAGCGCCGCCUUGCGAGCGCCACUCCCACCAUGGCCUCUCGCAGCGCGGGCACCCUGCUGACCGAGUUCAAUGCCGCCUACGUGCCCCCCGGUCUCAUGCCCGGGUAGCCUCCUCUGAGUCCGAAGAAUAAGUGGCACCUUCUAAGAGUCUCCCCCGAGAACCUGAAGACGGCCCAGGCCUUCCCGUCGGGGAAGAGGGUGUCUCCGCAGGAGCGGCAGACGCGAGAUUGCUACUUUGAGUUCAGAGCGUGAGGACAGGUGCUGACACCAGACAGCCCGGCCCUGGCCACGUCGGUUUGCUUGAAAUAAAAUCGUUAGCCAUGACCA